AUGGCGGGAGAAUUUAAUGCUAUCAUUAAGUUGAGUGAGAAGAAGGGGGGAGUCAUGCAACUGGAUCCCUCUUCUUAUCUCUUUUGGGAUAGUAUAUCUACCUUGCAUCUGAUUGACAUUAAGUCUAGCAACGGUUUGUUCACAUGGAACAAUAGGAGAGUGGGGGAGUGUUGGAUUGCUGAAAGGCUGGACAGGUUCCUGCUGGUCUCUUCUUCAGCCCAGGUUUCUCACUCUCCUUCCUUCAAAUUCCAACUUAUGUGGCUUCGGGAUCCUACUCUACACGCUCUAGUUGAGCAGUGGUGGAGGAAGGGGAGGUCGGCCUUUGGCAUUGCCAUGUUUACUUUUGCUAAGCAGCUGCAGUUUGUUAAGUUUCAGCUCAAACAGUGGAAUAGGAAGGGUUUCGGAAACAUUUUUCAAGCUAAGAAAGCCGCCCAAACAGUGUUAAAUGGCAUCACAAGUGAAAUCAAAGAGCAGGGCUUGUCUGAAGCCUUGCUUAGGAAGGAUGAUAGGGCCCUCAAGGCUUUAGAGGAAUGGGAACUCAGGGAAGAAAUUUACUAG